UUUCCACAAAUUUGAUGCUUAUAAUGAAAAAAUGACAUCUAUUUAAUAUAAAAUAUAAACUUAGGAAAUAUUUAAAACGAGUAACACAUUUACUCCAAUAUAUAUCUUACUUAUUGUUUACGAGCAACAUUUUCAAUACCUGCAUUCAGUCCCGCAGACACUUCAUCACCGGUAAAUCGAUAAUUACUAAAUAUUUUCGGCCAGCCACAUUCGCAUCUACAUAUUCUCAUUUCCUAGAUUAAUCAACGCGAAAUACGUGACUAGAUACGGACGCAGUUGGUCGAAAGUGUUGAGUAAUCGAUCUAUCUGAAUAUCGAUUUGAAUAUUGAAUGAAUCGAUUCGCGGGACUGAAUGUACAGAGGGCGUCGUUGUAGCGACAACGUCAAUUGCGCGCCCGUUCUCGAUCUUUUCGCGCCGAGCAGCCGCCAUCAAUACAUCGAUCGACAUCGCCUCACGUUUCAUGCGUCUCACGUCCGUCGAAAGUGUGUCUCGUGCGGGAAUAAGUGUCGGGAAUGUCGAAAACAGCGAUGUGCCAUCGUCGGGACGUAUCAAGACUGACAGCAGCUUCCUACUGGCGAACGCUCAGAUCGUCGACUUCCCAAUCGUCUAUUGCAACGAAAGCUUUUGCAAGAUCUCCGGCUACAAUCGUGCCGAGGUUAUGCAAAAGUCAUGCCGUUGCGGAUUCAUGUACGGGGAACUGACGGACAAGGAAACGAUCGCCAGGAUCGAGGAGUGCCUCGAGGGCCAGAUUCACGAUCAAUUCGAGAUCCUACUGUACAAGAAGAACAAGACACCGUUAUGGCUGCUCCUGCAAAUAGCGCCCAUCAAGAACGAGCGGGACCUCGUGGUCCUGUUCUUGCUGACGUUUCGAGACAUCACCGCCCUGAAACAGCCCAUCGAGACGGACGACAGCAAAGGCGGUCUCUCAAAAUUUGCCAAACUCGCCAGAUCGGUCACCAGGUCGAGAUCGGUCCUAGUUUCUCAGUUCAGCUCACACCUGCCGGCCUUGAAGGAUACAGCCGUGCCGACCACCACCAAACAAUCGCACUUGGCUCAUAUGAUGUCCUUAAGCGGCGAUGUUAUGCCGCAAUACAGACAAGAAGCCCCGAAAACACCACCCCACAUUCUACUACAUUAUUGUGCAUUUAAGGCGAUCUGGGACUGGAUCAUUUUGUGUUUGACCUUUUACACAGCCAUCAUGGUGCCGUAUAACGUCGCGUUCAAGAACAAGACCAGCGAGGACGUCUCCCUCUUGGUCGUCGACAGUAUCGUCGACGUGAUAUUUUUCAUCGACAUCGUACUCAAUUUUCAUACUACGUUCGUCGGCGCCGGCGGCGAAGUGGUGUCCGAUCCGAAGGUGAUCAGAAUGAACUACCUGAAGUCCUGGUUCAUCAUCGAUCUGCUGAGCUGUCUGCCGUACGACGUGUUCAACGCCUUCGACCACGACGAGGACGGGAUAGGUAGCCUGUUCUCGGCCUUGAAAGUGGUACGGCUGCUGCGGCUCGGCAGAGUCGUACGCAAGCUAGAUCGGUAUCUGGAGUAUGGAGCCGCGAUGCUCAUUCUUCUGCUCUGUUUCUACAUGUUGGUUGCUCACUGGCUGGCCUGUAUCUGGUAUUCGAUAGGGAGAUCAGAUGCCGACAAUGGGGUACAAUAUUCCUGGUUGUGGAAGUUGGCCAAUGUUACGCAGUCACCGUACAGCUACUUGUGGACCAAUGCCAGCACUGCACCAGAGCUAGUAGCUGGCCCGUCACGCCGCACGAUGUAUGUCACUGCUCUUUACUUCACAAUGACUUGCAUGACCUCCGUGGGCUUCGGGAACGUUGCGGCCGAGACCGACAACGAGAAGAUUUUUACCAUCUGCAUGAUGAUCAUUGCUGCCUUACUGUACGCCACGAUCUUCGGCCACGUCACCACGAUCAUCCAGCAAAUGACGUCCGCCACCGCCAAGUACCAUGACAUGCUGAACAACGUGAGGGAAUUCAUGAAGCUCCAUGAGGUGCCCAAGGCCCUCAGCGAGCGUGUUAUGGAUUACGUCAUCAGCACGUGGGCGAUGACGAAAGGUCUAGACACUAACAAAGUUCUCAACUACUGCCCCAAGGAUAUGAAGGCCGACAUCUGCGUGCAUCUCAACAGGAAAGUCUUCAACGAACACGGUGCCUUCAGGUUAGCGUCCGAUGGAUGCCUGCGCGCUUUGGCGAUGCACUUUACGAUGUCGCACAGCGCGCCCGGCGAUCUGCUCUAUCACACGGGCGAGUCCAUCGACUCCCUGUGCUUCAUCGUGACCGGCAGCCUCGAGGUGAUACAGGACGACGAGGUGGUGGCGAUAUUGGGCAAGGGUGACGUCUUCGGCGACAGCUUCUGGACGAACUCGUCGGUCGGCCAAAGCGCGGCGAACGUUAGGGCGCUCACUUACUGCGACCUGCACACGAUCAAACGGGAUCGACUGCUGGAAGUGUUGGACUUCUAUCAGGCCUUCGCGAACUCCUUCGCCAGGAACUUGAUCUUGACUUACAACCUGAGCCAUCGGUUGAUCUUUCGGAAGGUCGCCGAUGUACGUCGGGAGAAGGAGUUGGCCGAGAGGAGGAAGAAUGAGCCGCAGCUGGACCAAGCUCAGGAUCACCUAGUUCGCAAGAUCUUUUCAAGGUUUCGCAGAGAGAAACCACACACCGCCGAUGUAGAGAAGGGCGACGGUAAAGACACCAAGGAUGGCGAGACGUCACACUCCAGGAAGCAGUCCACCGCUGAGGAAGGGACAACAACCGUCGUCAAGACACGGCCAGGCAAAUGGGGUCGUUUAUUAGGUAGCUCAAGUUUGGACUCCGGCAGCGAGUCGGGCACGGCUGGUGACACCUUCAAAAGAUCCCUCAGCGCGAAGGACUCGCGUCCGAGCUCCAGCACCGGCACCAACAAGGUCUUCCCAAAGCUAGGUAAAUUGAGCGGUACGAUCGAGGAGAGUGGCGACAAUGCCGAGAAUCCGAAGGACACUCAACAACAGCAACAGGCACAGCAGCAGCAGCAGCAGCAACAGCAGCAGGCUCUUGCGGUAGACUCGAAGCAAUUGCAACUGCGACGUCUAGAGAGCUACGACGGCGGUUUGAUCACGACGCAACCGAGCCACGAGCGCGAGAUCCUCGCGGCGGUGUUGGAAGUGAAAGUGGACCUGAAGCUGGAAGUGCAGAGGGUGAAUCAGAGACUGGCCAAGAUCGAAGACAUGCUGCAGGCGUUGAUGAACAGGCUACCAGCCGCGGGUACACCGUCAGGUGGCGGUGGCAAUGGCGGCGGCGGCGGGUCCCAGUCACAGAAGGGCCCGAAUUUCGGCUUGGGUGGCAAUGGCACCCAGAACCAGUCGUUAGUCAUCAGCCCGAGUAUAACGGUAGUGCAGUCGGGUACUCAGACCACCGAGUACAAACCAUCGAUCGCGACCACUUCGACGUCCACGACGCCGAGCGAAGGCUAUCGGGAGCAGUCGACGGCGACGGAGCGCAUGCCGAAGAGCCAAGAACAUCACCAUCAUCAUCAUCAUCAUCAUCAGUCGGAGCGGCUCAAGGACAGCGAUCGUCUGUCCGGUGCGUCGUCGAGGGAGGUGAACAAGGAGCUGCUGGAGCGACUGGCGCAGGCUUCCACGUCGCGCGGUGACGACUCCAGCGCGCUGGGACCGUUGAUUCUGCGAAAACGCAGGAGCAAGUCGCGCAACAAGGGCGCGGCGCCGCUCGCCCCGCUCGCCACGCAGCCGGUGAGCCCGUCAGAGGCCACAGAGACCACGCAGAUGUUGGAGUGCACCGACGACCGGGAGCCGAGUGCCGACAGGACCGAGCGGUCCGAACGGAAGAGACCACCGCCCAGACCGAGAGAAUAUUUGUGAAAGUUCUUCAUGCGUUGCGACCGGCGACUUCUCUUCCUCCUCGUCGUGAGGUAAUUCGUGAUCGCGAGUUUCGCCCGGCGCUCGGCGCUUUAGUGCCCUCGGCUCGAGCGCGAAGUCGCGGGAACCGGCGUCGGCGAGAUUGUCUCGCUGCAGAAACGUACAUCGAACAACAUCCGGUAAACACCAAGUAAACUGUCAAUGUUAACGUAUGUCAUGUUAAUGUAUAACGUCGAUGUUAUACUUUCAUGCUCAACAAUGUGAGUGCAAUUUAACGCGAGUGUUACAUAACAGUUGCAUCGUUGAGUGGGAAAUUAUAACACUGAUGAAGUGUUACUGUUAGUUGGUGUUUACUGGUCAACUACUGUUUCGUUAAUUUCGUUUGCAUCGAUCGAUCGGUCGGAUAAUCGGUUUCUCUCAUGAUGGCAGAUGGUACAUUAUGUGGCGCGGCUGGAAGAUCCAGUCGCCUAACACACGCGAUCACGCCGUUCUUUUCGCGCAUGUUCGGGUCUGCCCGGUGACGAUUGAAUACCAGGUGCGAGAAAAAGCUUUGAGAGUUUCUCUGCGCGCGUCAUUGUUAACGAAUCACAACACGCGUCGAUAAUUAUGUCCAUACUCCGAUGACACGUUACGUGUAUUUAAAAAGGGAGAGAAAGAGAGAGAGAGAAAGAGAGACAGAGAGGAGCUCCGCAUUUUCGCUUUUCAAGACGCCUGUGAAGAAGCAGAAGAAUAAGGAGAAGGAGAACGAGAAGAAGGCGGAGUAGAUGAUGGUUUUGACAGACAAGACGAGACGGCCACGAGCGAUUAGAAAAGCCGGUGAGAAGUAAUUCCGCAAGAGCGCGAAAGCGGCGAUAAACGGUGCAACGAGGUAAACAAAAGCAGCAGUCUUAAAUUACUCGCUUGCGACGGCUUCUUCGAGACAUUGAAAACUCUCCCCAAGGGGGUGUUACUCGCCUUGUACACACGGUAGAUGUAGGUUCACGCGCAUUGUAGCGGACUUCGCGGUAGUAUCAUCGGCGAUUAGAUAUUUCUAAGCCUCCGGUUACGAUCGGAAUGUGAGCGUUCGCGUCCACGGCAUACCGAGCCACCGACGUCUCUCUUUUUCCCUCUCUCUCUCUUUCUUUUUCUUUCUCUCUUCCGUGAGGAGGUAGCGUGGCUUUUUGUACUCGCUUAGUUGUGCGGGACGUUCAGAACGUUCUGAUGUGAAGACACACGAGAGAACGUAUGCGUCUUUCCUUGGUCGUUCUUCGUUUCUUUUCUACUUUAGGUACGCGCCGAACGACGUCGGACAAUUAGAGCGGAAUGCGGAGACGACGGCUCAGCCGAGCGCGGAAAUCCGGACGAGCGUUUCCGCCGUGCACUCGGCAAACAUGUCGACGGAAUUGCAAGGGACCGUCGUUCUAUUCGAACCACGUCGCCGCGAACUGUUACAUAUUGCACGCGCGAGCCUUAUAGAAAAGCGUUACUGGUUGUAAUAAAUUGUCGUAAUAAAUCUGCCAGUGAUAAAUUAUCGUUGCUCAGUAAUUUUAAUACUCGUAUGAGUAAAAUUACUGAAUAAUAUUAAUUUAUCAUUGGCCGAUUUAUUACAGCCCCAGUGACACUUUUCUAUAAGGGCCCUGAGAGCGGUUGCGUUUUCGAAAUCGAGUGUGUCGAGUUCAUUUCGCGUGGAAUCCGAUCUCCAUUCUUAUCGUCGCUUAUUCCAAAUCUAACGUUUCAUAUUAUGUCACUCCUAAUGCCAUCACCAAGAUACGCUGGACAUCGUCACGACUGAAGUACAAUCACUCUGUUAUCCGGCUGCUUUGCCAUUCGUUAGAUAAUCGAAUCUUGUUGGCAAUUCUUGCGCGACGACGAGCGCAAGCGUCGUCGAAGCUUACGGAAGGAAGCUCGGUCGGACUUCGGGCUCGUCAGAGGUUGGCGACGAGGCUGGCGAUGCGUCAGGGGGAGAGGGUCUCUCGUGCAAGUAGAUAUUGUUACGCAGGAAUGGUGCUACGCUCGCAAAUUCGUAUGACGCGCAUACGGAGCCAAAUAGCAAUAUUAGAUGUAUAUACCUUGUAAUAUGACAUGUAUAUAUAUCCGCAUAAUUAUAUAUAUAUUGCCCGUACAAGCGUGGGGAGAGCGUGCCGGCGGUGCCGCGGGUGAGAAUGGCGAUUCUGCUGAGCAAAUUACUAAUUUAAUAAGAUGAACCAAUUGAUUAAUUUUUCGCGGACUCUCUCGUUAGAUCGUGUGUCUGGUAAACUUUUCAGGACGAGUCACACGCGAGAAUCGAAAGUAAUUCUGGAACGUGUCAGUUUAUUUCACAGAAAAAAGAAAUUGAUAUCCACUUAAAACUAAUAUAUUUAAACAAUCAUUGCUUCAUAUAUAUGCAAUGUGUAAUUUUAUUAGGAGAAUUAUUAAGUCUUGAAUUUCUCAGCAGUGUUAUUUCAAUUUUAUUUGAAUAUUAUAAUAAUCUCAUAAAAAGAACCACAUGACUGUUUUGAUGACAAUGAUAUCUUGUUCCGACAUUUAGAAACAUAUUGUCAAUCCAAUAUUUUGUGUUUUCUAUUUGUGAAAAUUAUUUCUGAACAAUAAGAGAAAAUAUAUUUUCUUUACUGAAUUAUAUAAAAUGUAUUGAAGCAAGUAAUUUAUCUUCGUUUAGCACUCUAUGUAAUCUUAUUUGAAAAUUUAUGCCAAAUAUAAAAAAUAAAGAUGAUCUCAAAACAAGAACGUUCUUUUUUCUGUGUUGGUAAUCUUUUUGUGUGUAUUUUUUUUUAGGAUCGCCCGAUAGUAGAAAGUUUGAUCUCUCGUUGUUGACUGACCAAAGCAAACAGAGGCGCGAUUCUCAUCGGCAAAGUUUGAUCAAAUCUGAUCAAAUCGAAAGUAUAGAGGCAACUACACGCGUACACACACACAUACACACGUACAUAUAUACACGUACACACACAUAUACACAUAUAUGCGUGUAUAUAUAUAAAUAUAAUAAGAGGGAAGCAGUAAAAAUAUCUAUAUAAUUUCGUGUUACGAAAGAUGAAUUAUGAGUCAGUUUACGAGGACUUUGUUAAAUAGAGAUUUUAGAGACAGAAGCGAUAUAGCUGGCUCUAUCGUAGUUUAUAUACUUAUACGCAAAAAGAUUUAUCACAGUUGAAACUGUAGCGAUUAAGACACGUCUAUCGCGCUCGUCAGUCAUGUUAUAAAACGAUACGCUGACCUUUUUCAUGUACUAAUCAUAUCGCGCGGGCCCGUUAUAUACCCUAGAAACGCUCGACUUUGCAACUCGUAACUUUCGUCGGGGAUGAGGAAAUGCGAUGCUUGCGGAGUUCACAGCGAGCGCAACGUGGGUCGUUAUCGAGAAGGCGAGAGACUGAAAGUCGUUGACAAGGAGGAGACCAGGCAAAACGAGAUUCACUUUUGCCAAAGCACGAUUCUUCGUGCGACUUUCUGAUUUUCUGUGAAAUUAUUGUGACGACGAGAUAGGCUUCGCACGGAGCGCUAGCUCCAAACUUAGCGAAGAAAAUUGAGCGACCAUUACAAAUCGUUAGAAGUAGAGCCGGGAGAAAAGAAAGGAUGUGAUACAGAGUAUUGAGAGAAAAGAAAUUGGUUGAAUUAAUGUUGACGAUUAACACAACGAAUCAAACAUAUUUUGGUUGAAGGGAAAAUAUACUUGUUUGAAACAUAUUCAAACAAGUAUAUUUCAACCCAAUAUUUCAUGCUUUCCUUAUUCAUGAAAAUUAUUUUUUAAUGAAAAUUUAUUUUUCUUUAUUGGAACAUGUAAAAUUUUUUUGAUGCAAGUAACUUAUUUUUGUUUAACGCUAUGUAAUUUUAUUUUAAG